AUGUCGUCAUCAAUCAAAAAUGUCAUCGUCGUCGGAGCCUCUGGUGCCGUUGGUCGACCCGUCGUCACAGCGCUGCUUGAGGCAGGCUUUCAAGUUACAGCUCUCACACGUGACUCAUCCAACGCAACGUUUCCCAAGAGUGUCAAAGUCGUCAAGACCGACUACAGCCGAGAGUCUCUCGACCAAGCUUUCCAAGACCAGCAUGCCGUGGUCAGCACCAUUGCAGGGAGCGGCGUGGGAACACAGAUAACGCUCAUCGACGCCGCCGUCGCUGCAGGAGUCAAAGUGUUCAUCCCCUCUGAAUAUGGCCUCGACACCCAGCCCGCCAAUGCGCCCGAAGUAAUUCCGCUGAUCGCGCACAAAAUAACUGCCGUGAAUCAUCUAAGAUCUUUCAAAGACAAAAUCUCAUGGACCGUCCUCGUGACAGGUGCGUUGUUCGACUGGAACUUCGACUUCCCCGGAUUUGGCGGAUGGAAUCUUCCAGCCCGCACAGCUGUUAUUUGGGAUGGUGGUGAUGUCCCCUUUGAAGCGACGAAUCUUCCGCAAACCGGCAAAGCCGUCGCAGCGAUUCUCAAGAAUCCCGAGUCGACCAAGGAUCAGUACGUCUACAUCAACAGCUUCACCACCACACAGAAUGAGGUCCUCAAGGAGCUGGAGAGUGCCACCGGCGAUAAGUUCAAGGUCGAGACGGCAAGUACAGAGGAGACGUGGAAGAAUGGCCAGGCAAAGGUAGCCAAGGGGGGCGAGGGCCUCAUGGAGGGCAUCAUCGCGACCAUCCAUGCGGGCUACUACGGUAAAGGUGAUUUGAACAAUUACUCGAAGAAGGGUCUGUGGAAUGAUAAGCUGGGGCUGCCAAAGGAGACUCUUGCCGCGACUGUCAAGGAAAUUGUUGCGAGUCAUAAGUAG